AUGGUCUACUAUUUCACCUCCAGCGUGGUCUCUCCCUCCGCCUUCAUCUACGUCGGCAAGGACAAGUUUGAGAAUGAGGACUUGAUCAAGUUUGGACUGGAUCACGAUGUCUGGUUCCAUGUUGAUAAUCUAUCGAGUGCGCACGUCUAUCUUCGUCUCCGCGACGGCGAGACGUGGGAAAAUAUUCCUGAACCUCUCCUCGAAGACUGCGCCCAACUUACGAAAGCGAACUCGAUCGACGGGAACAAAAAGGACAACAUCACUAUAAUCUACACACCCUGGUCAAACCUCCAAAAAGACGGUUCAAUGGCUGUGGGCCAGGUCUCCUUCCACAACCCCAAGCUAGUCAAGAAGGUCCUCGUCCGAGUCCGCGAGAACCCCAUCGUCAAUCGUUUGAACAAGACCCGCGUCGAGAAAUUCCCCGAUCUCCGCGCUGAAAAGGAAGAAUUCUUGAAGAAGAAGCGGCACGAUGAGCGCAAGUUGCGAGAGCAGCAGCAAACCAGGGAUAAACAGGAGAAGCGUGAGCGUGAACAGCUCAAGUGGCAGAAGGACCACGCGUACGACGACAUGUUUAGCGCGGAGAAUGUGGAGGCUAGCAGCAACCAGGAUCGUGAUGCAGACUUUUUGGACGAUUUUAUGUGA